UUCAUAUCAACAUUACUAUUUAAAAUGGGCAAUACUAAUCCUAUCGGCUGCUGUACUAGCUCCCAGAGCUCAAUGAUGAGCAGUGAUCGGGAGGAAGCAUCCAUCCUGGACAAGGCGCCUAGUGGCCUCCCCAAGGUGAAUCAAUUCAAGAGGAAAACCAAGUGCUUAACCAUUGCAUCUAAAAUGGAGAGGACAGCUAAAUUAGAUAUCCUUAAUGACGCUCUCGCAGACAUGGCUAUAACCGAAGAACCUAUUAAGAACUAUUACAAAAUGGGAGAAGUCAUGGGUGCCGGCAAGUACGGAAUAGUCAAAGCCGGAAGAUCUCUCAGCAAAUCUGGAUAUAAAGUGGCAGUAAAGGUCAUUAAGCUUGAGAAACUAAAGUCUCAGUAUCAUUCCAUCAUACAAGAAAUUUUAGCCUUGAAGAAAAUCGAUCACCCAAACGUUGUGAAGAUUCAUGAGAUUUUUAAAGAUAAGAAGAAACUCUAUAUUGUUAUGGAGCUAGUUGAGGGGAAGGAACUUUUUGAUUUUGUAGUAGCCAAGACUAAACUCACCGAACAAGAAGCUGUCAAAAUCUCUACUCAAUUACUUAAAACCAUUAAGUACUUAAGUGGUUUGAACAUUUGCCACAGAGAUCUGAAACCAGAGAACAUUAUUAUAAACCCAGAGACACUUAAAUUGAAAAUUAUCGACUUUGGUUUAUCGGCCUUCUAUUCUGAACAAGUGAAUCUUUCAACCAAAGUUGGGACACCAUAUUAUGUAGCCCCUGAAGUCUUGGACAAAUGCUAUGGGAAAGAAUGUGACCUCUGGAGUAUUGGAGUUAUCACUUAUGUCCUCCUCACAGGCUGCCCACCAUUCCAGGCAAAAACCUUACCUGAGCUCUUUAGUAGGAUAAGGAACUGCAGCCUGAAAUAUAUGGAUGCAGAUUUUAAAGACCUCUCACCAGAAAGUUAUAAAUUCGUUAAGGGACUUCUGAAGGUAAAUCCUAAGGAGAGACUGACUGCAGAUGAAGCUCUCAGACAUCAAUGGAUUGUUAAGACUCAGAUACUCAUUCCCGAACUCGACGAUAGAGUCCUUGGAAAACUUGCCAGGUACAGAGCUCCAGACACUUUAAAGAAAGAAAUAUUCAAUUUACUUUUGAAUAACAUUGAAUCUGAAGUAGUCCAAGAGUGGAACCACUACUUUGAAAGCCUCGAUGUCAAGAACACAGGCUUUAUCAAAAUUAAUGAACUGAUAGAUCUUAUUGGGAAGAACAGGAAAUUUAAGAAUCAACUCAAACAGCUGAAGAAGCUAAACAAGAAAGCUCCAGAGCUCAAAAUCCAUUAUUCAGAUUUUCUACUCAGAAUAGUUGACAUUAAGAAGGAAAUCAAGGCAGAGGAUAUAGCCAAUGCCUUCUUCCAUCUUGAUACCAGUGACAAUGGAAAGAUUUCAGCUGACGAUCUCCUUAAAUUCCUCAAAAGAAGAGGUGAUGAAUCUACUCUUGAAGAUUGUAAGGCCAUGAUCAGAAAGGUUGAACUCAAACUUUCAUCUCUAUCCACUGAUCACAAAGAUAGAAGAGCUAACAAUGAGACUAUGGAUGAAACUCAAGGAGAAGAUCUAGGACGUACCGAGGAACUUGACUACAAGGCCUUUAAGACUUACUUGCUUGCUCCAAGCCCAGAGUCACAUCAGACUUCUUUCUUGAAAAGCCAGUCCUCUAUCAGAAUCAGUGAGUACAGAGCAUUUGAGAGCAACUCAGCUUUGGAAAUUGGUGAUCAAAGCCACUUAGAGUCGGGAAUCAUGAGAAAGUUGGAAAUGGAGAGAAAUAUCAGUGCUAACUGCAAUGAAAUCCCAGCAGGGACCAGCUGCGAAGAAGAAAUUGAAUUCAAAUUGAAUAUAGCCAAUGAGAAUCCAUCUCUUUAGAUCAGCUAUUGUAUAUAAACCCUCUAAUAUUAAUUAAUCGACUUU